UUCGUUUGGAUAGAAGGAUUGGCAAUCGCCGAAAACGAGUGGCUCAUCUCUUUCACUUCCUUACUCCCACACCAAACCCACUUCAAAAAUCCAAACCACCAUCAUGUCCUCCCUGACUACUACUCUUCUGUGUAACCAUGGCCAGCAGCGCCGUCGCACUCUCUAGCUCCACUCUUUGCCACCUCACUAGAAAACCCACUUCACUGACUUCAACACUCAGCUUAAGAAUCAGAGCCAAGGCCUCCACAGCCAUGGCUGCGGCCUCCGCCGCCAAAACCAAGGUGGUACCUGCAGUGAUAGUGGGCGGUGGAAGGGUCGGAAGGGCCUUGGAGGGGAUGGGGAAUGGCUGUGACUUGCUGGUGAAAAGAGGAGAGCCCGUGCCUCUUGAUUUCCAAGGUCCAAUUUUGGUUUGCACUAGGAAUGAUGAUCUUGAAGCUGUUCUUGAAGCCACUCCAAGGCCUAGAUGGAACGAUUUGGUUUUUUUCCAGAAUGGAAUGCUGGAACCAUGGUUUGAAAGUAAAGUUCUUGGUGAUGCUGACCAAGUCCUAGCAUAUUUUGCUGUCUCCAAGCUUGGAGAACCUCCUGUUGAUGGAAAGACUGAUACCAAUCCUGAAGGACUGACUGCGUCAUAUGGGAAGUGGGCAUUGGCAGUAGCUGAUAGAUUACAUGCUGGAGGCCUCACUUGCAAGGUUCUCAACAAGGAAGCAUUUCAGAAGCAGAUGUUAGAGAAGUUGAUCUGGAUUUCAGCAUUCAUGCUUGUCGGAGCUCGUCAUCCAGGAACAACUGUAGGUGGUGUAGAGAAAGUAUACCGCUCUGAGGUGUCUAGUCUCAUUGCAGAGCUUGCCUCUGCAGCUGCUGCAGAGAAGGGGUUGGUAUUUGAAGAAGCCAUGGAGGACAGAUUAUGUGCAUACUCACGCGCGGUUGCACACUUUCCUACUGCAGUUAAAGAGUUCAAAUGGAGAAAUGGUUGGUUUUAUUCUCUAACCGAAAAGGCAAUUGCCGAAGGAAGGCCGGAUCCCUGUCCGCUCCAUACGGCAUGGCUCAAAGAUUUGAAAGUUGUCUAGGAAAACAUACUCUACCAUAUCAGUUAUUACUAAUACAAGGGACCAGAGAGAUUGCUUGUCUUCCAUUAUUGAACUACGUGCAGAAAUAAAAUUGAAUUGUUUUUUUGUCUGUUUUA